AUGAAUUAAUUAAAUUCUGAUCUUAAAUCAUAAAUCAUAGACUAUUUCGAACAAUUACAAAACAAAUUGAAUCAAACUGGCUAUUCUGACAUUCGUGUUAUACUACCUGAUGAUAUCUCUGUUGCAUUUAAAUACAUCGCUCGCAUUUUAGAUUAAUUUAUUGAGUAAAAUACUUAUGUAUAUAAAGAUUACAUCAAGAAAUUAUUGAAUAAUAUGAUCUAUUGGAACAAUCAUUAUAAAAAGCUGAAUCUGAAAUUCGAUAUCAUAUCCAUGUUCAUUUUAUCAUUUAUUUCAGGUUGAAUAAAGAUUAAAGAUUCAUUGUGAUUAAAUACAAGAGAGUCUUACUCUAAAAGAAGAACAAUAUAAAAUUCUAUAAAUGAAAAUGGAAGUAUUUAUUCAUUCAAAUAUAAGCUUUAAGAAAAAUAAAUUAUAUAACUCAAAAAAGAGAUUGAUGUUGCCUCAAAAAGGCGAAUAGACACAGAAAAGAGUGUAACUGAUACUCAAUCAAGAGUACUUAUAUUUUCUUAUUUAAGUAAUGUUUAAUGAUAAAUGGAAUACCUUCGUCAUCUACAAUCAAAUAAAUAAUUAAACCAAAAACUCGAAUAAAAACAGAAUCUAUCGAUAUUAAUAAAGUAAGAUCCAUCUCCUCCUUAGAUUAUAAUAACUACUCUAUUUUGAUUAGGAGAAAUGAUGAUAGAAAAAAAAGAUCAUCAACUAUUCAAAUUAAUAAAAAAAAGUGA